AUGGCUCCAGGAAGAAAAAAGAAGGGGAAAAAAGUACCUUCUGGCCCGGUCGCUGACAAGCCUUGUCAUAACUGUCGACGUCGAAGGCUUCGUUGUGAUCGUCUUCUUCCACACUGCGCAAAAUGUGAAGCAAAGGGUGUUGAUUGUCUUGGCUACUCUCAGAUAUUUCAGUGGACAGGCGCUGUUGCAUCGAGAGGUAGAUUAGCUGGGCAACAGUCGAGCGCUGCUUUGUAUACCACAGGUCAACCAAGACCCUCUCUUUCUUCUGUUUCUUCUAUUUCCUCCAACUCUCCAGUCUCUUCCUCCUCCGCCUCUUCCGUCGCUUCGCCGUCUGUUCCAUCAUCAUCACCGGCAUUCGUUGCCCCGAGCCUCUCCCAAGUUGACGAGGUCACAGAGACUUCAGAAGCCGAGUCCGAGUCUGGAUCUGAAUUGGACAUCUUCAAUGACCAAUACAUUGAUGAACAAGACAAUGGUGAAGAUAAUGAUGCGACCCCCCUCGCGAGUGGUGAUACACAGCUCGUCUGUACCACCAACAGCUAUCCCCUGGCAUCGGAAACCUCGACUCCGUGGGUGCUCGUCGAUCCCUUGUACCAAGACAUUACGAGCAACCACAGACAGUAUCUCGCUUAUUUUGAUGCGCGGCUCAGUCGAGAUUUUGUAGCCUUUGACAUACCCGACAACCCAUUUCGAAAUCUGCUCAAAUUUACUCAGGCCCACCCUCUAUUACGUCAGGUCAUUAUCGCAGCCUCAGCGACGCACAUGUACAACCGCUCGAGGCCAUGGCUAUCUUCGGACUCGCUGGAUAGAGGGCUAGGUCCGAGAAAUCUGCUGAUGGAUGCUCUCGAGGCCAAGCACCAAGUCUUACGAAUGUUACCUUCUGCUCUACAGAGCAUCGAGUCUACAGGGGGCGACAUUGUCCUGGCGGCGAUUCUAUUCCUGAUCAAUGUAGAGCUGAUAGAGUCUGGCAAACAUAAUUGGAAAGCUCACUUUGAUGGCGCUGACAAAAUCAUGAAGUUGCUGGGACCAGUGUCAGAUGUAGACGAGAGCCUAAGAGACUACAUUGUUUCCGAUUGUUUUAUUUACUACAUACUGGAUUCCACUUUCAGGACCACGGCAUCCGAUUCACAUUCAUACUUUGAAUCCUGCGAAGCACUGCAGGUUCUCGGCAAGACGACGAAUAGCUAUUACUGCUGUCCACCUGAACUUCUCGAAAUUAUGCUCAUCGCAGCACGACUCUCCAACACAAAACCCGACGAAGUUGUUUCAGCUGAUAUGGUUACCGCAGCUGGAGCAGCAUUACUAGACCGAGCUCGAAAUUUUGAUGUUCUUCCAUGGGCACAAGAGAUCUAUCUCUACAAUAUACCAUCAACUGAGCAUGAUCCUGUAUUAAGCCGGUUUCGCGCAGCGACAUCUCAUCGACUGGCCAUUUGUCUCUACAUUCUCCAUGCGAUACCCUCAGUGGGAGCCUGGGUUGGUGAGGAUCUGGCUGACGCUAUUUUCGCAGAGCUACACCAGGUGCUGUGUAUGAUACCAGACGACGAUAUCAACUUGAAAGCAACAACGUGGGUGACGUUUGUUUUUGGAGCAUGUGCUAAAACACCCGAGAUGAAAGACUGGGUCACAGUCCAGAUUAAAAAGCUUAUGAUUGAGAGUCCUUGGGGCUUCUUGUAUGCGGCAAGGGAUGCUUUACAAAUGCUCUGGAAUGUUCAAGCUGAGGGCAUGCCUAUGACGAGUUGGGUGCAGACUUUGAGAGAUUUGCAUAUGGACUUUCUAAUUGUUUAG